CUGAUCCACUGUCGUGUUGAAGAUCUUCAUGAUCCUCGUCUUGGUACUGUUGAAAUUGAUAAAUAAUUAAACUAAAUAAACUAUCAACAGAGUCGGUGUCUACUCCUAAAAAAGUAGAGUCCCUCAGAUAUUACAACGAUGCAGGGUUCACGACCGUGCUGCUUGACGAGCAGAACCAUGUCGUCUCGGGAACGAACAACGACACCUUCGGGUACUAGGGUACGGCGGUCCAUCCGAACCAUGUCCUCGAUAGCAGCAUCAAUGUUCCUGCUGCCCGCCAAGACCGUAAUAGCAGAAGAACAGUGUGUUCAAAAAAAUUGGUGGGAGAUCAGCUCUAUGGAGAAUGCAGAGUCUCUAGCCCUCAUGUUCGAUCGUGAGUCUAGGAGAUACUUUGUCUAUCGCGAGGGACACAUCACAAGCAGUCGGAAGGCGCUCUCUAUGUAUAGUUUGACUAUUCUUUUCGUUAGUUACUACCUCUUCUAGGGAAGAUGACCACUGACUACGCAACCUCUUCUACAACUGCUACUCAGUGCUAUCUCCAAGGUCCUCGAUGAGAAUCUCACAGCUGCAGGGACAAUUACAGGACGCUCUCUUGUUCACUAUCCAAUUGAAUGCACUGACCAACUACAGGUACUUCGAAAUCGCCCGUGCUCCCUUCGUGAAAAAUAUCUGCGAAAUCGGCUUCAAUGCUGGCCACUCUACGUCCAUUUUUCUGAACGCCAACCCUAAUGCUCGCGUUUGGUCCUUUGACUUGGGCCAAUUCGACUACACCAUUCGCCAAGGAGAUUUGGCCAGGGAGCUCUUUCCCGAUAGGUUUCACCUGACUCUUGGCCCAUCUCAGGAGAGUGUCGAAGAAUUCCACAGACUAUAUUAAGGCUGACGACGGGUGCAAGUUGUUUGUGUUUCAUGAUCUUCUGCUUGUUUGAACAAGGUUGGUGGCAAAGACGCCGUGCACAGUAGAGUGCAAAGACGGUGAGUGUGCACAGUAGAGUGCAAAGACUGUGAGUGUGCACAGUAGAGUGAGUCUCAUAAAAAAAUAAGAUCUUCCAUCUCCAAUCCCUCCGCUAAUCUUCCCCUGAUAUAACCUGCGACGUAAUUUCGGUUGACGGUGACCACAGUACCGAAGGGACAUACACAGACCUGGUGAACAUGCGAAAGAUGGCUACUUGCAGGAACUGGGUAAGAAAGUUUUUUCUAGAAGUCGACUAUAUGUUCUUGGGAGUAGAACAGUCGUCGUGAACAGUGACCUUUUUUCAGGAACUGGUUCUGUAUGCUGACUGAAAAAAAAACAUUUUUACUGUUACUCGCGUUUUUAUCUAUUAGUUACUAUUCCCUCUGAGACCUCUUCAACACCUCUUUCUUCACCUCUUGCCAACAGGUGUUGAUGGAUGACGCAGGUUGGAAUUCAACGAAUACAGCGUGGCAAAAGGCUAAGGAUGAUGGCAUAAUAACGCAGGUAAAACAAUAGAAGAAGCUGUUUAAAAACCUCUCUCGCUUGUCUUUUAUUGAGAGUAGUUUAAAACUGAUGGGUUAUCGUUAUGUAAACUUUCUGCUUAGUGCACUUUCUCGACACUUCUGUCGCACUUUUUCCCCCUCCUCACUCAAACAGGUUUUUUAAUAACGCUUUAGCAGGAGCUUCAAUCUUGUUUCAUGUCCUCAUUCUUCACAGAUGGAAUGCUUUGUCGACAUGGCACCGGUUCCAAACUAUCAGUUCAUGGAUUUUCCGGAUAACCGAUCUUGGUGUGUAGGCUUCUUCAACGUAGAAGGCUGUCCAAGGUGGUUUGACGAAGAUAAGAAUCCGAAUGAGCCUGUGACACGAGUGAGGCCCAUUGAGUAUGAGUUGUAACACGUUUCGGAAGGACUUUGAACACGAGGUUUGGACGCAGUUCUUGGCAAUGGCAGGGUAAGCAUGUGGAUGGAGCACGGUGAUCGCUUUUCCUUCACGACCCUGAAGUAUGAUUGACAGCGCACUAUCUUGCUAUGUGUAAGAUGGGGAUAUUUGAGAAUACAGUCUUAGUACCUCUAAUGAAUGAGGACUCGAGAAUACAUUAGAAGCUUAUGCUUCCUGAAACAAACCGAACAAGAAAACUCGCAAUUGUUUCCCAUUGUAUUCCCUUUUCUCCAUGUGUCUGGUAACCCCGCAAUACAUUUUAAAGGUUCUUCUUGGUCGACGGUUUUUGCGUGGACCACAUACAUGACCAAACUCGCAUACUUAUAAAUAUAAAUGAGCAUUCGCGACGUUGCAUCUCUUUCGGAC